AUGAAACACCAACGCACCCCAAUCAUGAUUGAAGACUAUUCCGAUGAUGAAAAUCUCUCACUAGGCCCGCUUGGAAAGAGGCAAAAGAUAACUGGAAUGGCUCCAGAAGCACUUACAUUGGAGUUAUUGAUUCGUGCCGGAGAGGCCUUGAAGG